UGUAUUGAUUAUCGGGGUUUGAACCGGGUCACUGUGAAGAACAAGUAUCCUCUUCCUAGGAUCGAUGAGUUGUUGGAUCAGUUGAGGGGUGCUACUUGGUUCUCCAAGGUAGAUCUGGCGUCGGGUUAUCAUCAGAUACCGAUAGAUGAGGCAGAUGUGAGGAAGACUGCUUUCAGGACGAGAUAUGGGCACUAUGAGUUUGUGGUGAUGCCCUUCGGAUUGACUAACGCGCCAGCAGCGUUUAUGAGAUUGAUGAACAGUGUGUUUCAGGAGUUUCUGGAUGUAUCUGUCAUCAUUUUCAUCGACGAUAUCCUGGUUUAUUCUAAGAGUCCUGAGGAGCAUGCAGUGCAUUUGAGGGCAGUUAUGGAGAAGCUGCGGGAGCAGAAGUUGUUUGCCAAGUUGAGC